AUGCCCGUCGCCACUAACAAUGGGUUCGAGUUCCACUUGAUCAAAUCCAUGGCCUCUGAGACGGUGUCUGUUGUCGAGCCAGAUGGUAUUCCACAAUAUGCCCAUCAAUCGACAAUUCAGCCUGAGUGGCCGCUUUCCGCGCAAGAUCCAUUCAGAAUGGCCGAACUCGCGAUAGAGCUCCAGACAGAACGCCUCAAGGUGGCCGAGGCUCUCGCAGCAAGGGAUCUGCUGGUACAUCGACUAGGAGACGCAUAUACUUCCAUCCAACAGAAAAAUCAGUUGCUUGAUCAACUUAAAGAGAAGUUUGGAACAAAAUUGAUUGAUUCAACGAACCUUCCUACGCACAGCCUGGCAAUCGAUCACAACGAAAAGAAGACACUUACCGAGCAGAUAGCCGUCCAACAGACCAUCAUAAACCAACUAAGGCAGGACAUCAAGGCGGGGAAACCAUGUCCCAAAGUAGACCCGCCCCCUUGUUACGAGGAAAACCUAUCGCCGACGGUGCUGUCACCAAGUUGUCAGAACGAGGGUGAAUUUUAUCCUUUUCCUUCUGUGCGAGCGAACUGGAACGACAUCCCGGCUACGGUUCAUCACUUACUCCCACCACCCUUAUCACGUUCGGUCUCACAAUGUUCUGUCCCGACAACUCUGAGUGAUAUCGGCAUGACAGACGUUGAAGAAUGCGAAAUCAUUGAUACACUUCCUAAAGCCGGAGAUGCAGCUGACAGGAUUCGAGCGAGAAACGCGAUUCUUGCAGCGCUUGCUGUACCGCUGCGUGGCCCUCCAGACGACCUACAGCCAAUCAUGAUCCCCGCACCCCUCACUCUGCAAGAAUUCAUCAACAGUGGCUCUAGUUUUAUUCGGACGGCCUUAUCCAACUACCGUCAACUUCAGGAGCUGACGACAUCGUGGUGUGAGGAGCGAGAAGAACAUGGGUAUUUCCUCACCCCGGUAUUCAAAUGUAGCACGAAUCCAAGGGUCACAACAGCCCAUCGCUGGAAUGUAGUCGAUGUUUUGCACAAGAUGAGCAAGCCUACUGAUUUCUUUUAUCACAAAAACGGGCAUUGGUAUUACGCCGGAGUCUAUAAGGCUUUCAGGAUGGAAGAUCUGACAACGAAAGAAUGGGAUGCCUUGUCAACCGAGACAACGUCGGCAAUCGUGAAGGAUACCAUUCUAGCACGCCGCAAUUCCUCGCCCCAGAAUAUCUACGAAGUGACCCAACUCUAUACAUGUGGCGCUCUGAAGGUUGCCUGUAUCGGACUUCAGUGUGUCGGCUUUAACCUCGCCGUCUUCCAUGCUCUACUGGACCACGCUACUAAAUAUGCCCACGCCGCGAUGUCUUCUAAGAAUGGCACGAGUGCUCCGUGCAGCAGGUCGGACACCCCUCUACACUCUCCCGUUUCCACGUCUGGCGGCGUCUUUCCCUGGGGUACUACUCCCAUCAACACUGCCGUUGCGGGGCUGACGGAGAGGAUCGCAAAUCUGUCUAUGAGUUCUCCAGCUCCGGACGACACGUCAGGAAACCCCAAACAACGAUCUGCAUGA